CCCGAACCAUGAAAAACAGUCUCAUACCAUUAUUCCUCAUCCACCAAACUUUACAGUUGGCACUAUGCAUUGCAGCUUUAUACCACUCCAGCCGACGCUUGGCAUUGUGCAUGGUGAUCUUAGGCUUGUGUGCUGUUGCAUGGCCAUGAAAACAGUUCUUGUGCUGACGUUGCUUCCAGUGGCAGUUUAGAACUCGGUAGUGAGUGUUGCAACCGGGACCAUUUUUACAUGUUACACGGUUCAGCACUCGGAGGUCCCAUUCUGUGAGCUUGUGUGGCCUACCACUUUGCGGCUGAGCCGUUGUUACUCCUAGACGAACUGACUUGUUGGAAAGGUGGUAUGCUAUGACUGUGCCAAGUUGAAAGUCACUGAGCUCUUCAUUAAGGCCAUUCUACUGCCAAUGUUGCAUGGCUGUGUGCUCGACUUUAUACACCUGUCAGCAACAGGUGUGGCUGAAAUAGCCGAUUCCACUCAUUUGAAGGAGUGUCCAUAUACUUUUGUGUAUGUAUGAUGUAUACAAAACAAUACACUAAAAUUCCCAAAAUAAAAAUAAAAUAAUAUAUAAAUAUUAGAACAAGCAAUGUCAGCCAUAAAUAUAUAUUUAUUUGAUGGUGUGUAUAGACAUUAUUGGCAAUAUAUGACUAGAAAAGGUGUGUACAGCAGUAGUUAUAUAGGAUAGACCAUGACUAGAAUACAGUUUAUACACUGAGUGUACAAAACAUUAGGAACACCUUCCUAAUAUUGAGAUGCAACCCGUUUUGCCCUCAAAACAGCCUGAAGUCAUCAGGGCAUGGACUGAUGUUGAAGAUGUUGAGAGAAGCCACGUUCUCCUAUUUCAUGAUUUAGCCAGUGUUUCAGUACUGCCACCACCCUCUCCGCUGUAGGGUCUGUACCCAGGCUAAGAUGCGUCCAUUGCGGGUCUACCUGCUGGCCCUCCUCCUGUUGGCAGGGAUCUGGCUGUCUGGUGCCAGUGUAUCCGACAGCUUUAGAGACUGCAGACAGUUUUUCUACAUGAGGGCAGCACCAACAGGCAUCGACGGGACCAGGGACAGCCUCAAGAGGAUCUGCCAGCGCUACGGGGACAAGGCGCGCUACGCCACCCUGUACGACGGCAGCCGUCGCCUGCCCCUCUACUCAGCCUACACCUUUAAGAAGAACGACGGGAAGAAGAGGAUGGACACGCCCUGGAUGUACGAGCCACAGCUGGUGUCUGGGAAUGAGGGUGGGAACAUGAAGGUGCUGCCCCCUAGUGAUGACCCGGAGCCUCUGAUACAGGAGAGCCAGGUGGUGCUGGAGGACUACUCAGACGCCGUGGAGUACUCCCGAGGCCUGCUCAACCCAGACCAGCACCAGGCUGACCCAGACGAUAAGGCCUCCACCUACACCCUGACCAACGUGGUACCCCAGAUCACAGACUUCCUGGAAGAGACCUGGAGCUCCUAUUUGGAUACUGUGCGCCGCCGCCUCAAUAACUUCUGCCGCGGAAAGCAGUCCUACGUGGUAACCGGGGUGACAGUCUCCGGGGCGACCAUACGUCGGGGGAACGAGGACCGCAUGGGGAUCCCCAAACACGUGUGGUUGGCUUACUGUUGCCCACGGUUCGACCGUAACUCUCCCUACGAGGUGCGUUUCAUGUUCCCUAGCUAUGGUGCCUAUGCACUGAAUGAACAGGAGGACCAUGGAGUCACGGAGGUGCCUUUGAAGACACUGGAGAGCUUCCUGAAGAAACAAACGGACAUGGAUAGUAAUCUGGCUAUCUUCUACGAGGACUGUGUGUCAGAGAACACCUUCAAAAAGAAAAGGAAGAGAUAGGCCUGUGUGUGUGUGUCUGUUUUUAGUUUUUUUACUGUAAUGGGGGUGUAAAUUGACCAAUUGAAGGAAGUUUUAUUUUAUUCACAUUUUAUACUCUUACAAAGUAACUGUCAAUAAUUGUCAUGCACAACCAAUCAACUGAACUGAAAAUACAACAAAAAGCUCUCGUCUGUCUCAAACGUGUGAGAAACCACAUCACGAAGCAACACUUUUCUUCACACCUCAUAGAAACGCUCUGAACAAAGUGUGCUGCAUGGAACUUAAACCGACAGGACUACAGUAUACUGCUUCAAUGAAAGUACCAUAGUAAGCUACAGCUGUAAUGUUGUAACGUAAUAAAAAAGAUUCUGUUCAA